AUGUUGGACUUAAUACUGAAACCGCUGACAGCGAAGAUCUUGAAAACUGUCAGCCCUCUGGUGGCCGAUAAGAGGUACGAAGCAACCUGCGAAUCAACUGGGUCACGACCUCCAGCAAUUAUCACUUGGUACAAGGGCAAGAGGCAGCUAAGGAGAACCAAGGUAAGUGUCACAGCACUUUUCUACUUACCAAUGUUCUAG